AUGCCUAGCAGUAGCUACAUCAAUGCACUAGUACGCUCUCUCUACAAUGAGAGUCAGGAGACCAACGUUGUCAUGUUAAGUGGAAGCCAGCCCAAGGUUCGAAGCCCCCAUGCAUUUGAUUUGCAGUCAGAGCCACCAAGUUUGUUCACACGAUCAGCCAACACAUGGGGAGGACAGUUCAACCCUGAUCAUUUCCAGCGCAAUGCGUUCGCUAUGAUGUCAGCAAGUCCUGUCAAUAUGGAGAAUGCAGCGUUCGCCGUGAUGACUGCCGCGUCGCAUCACAAAUCUGAAAAAAAUGAAAAAAGAAGCGAUCGCAUCAACGAGAAAUCGUAUUGGGUCAAAGGAAGCCACGUGGACGAGACCAUCACCUACAACCAGUAUACCAUCGAUACUGCCGUCUUCGCUCCAACCACAGAGUCUUUGGAAAUCAAGCAAGCGAUCCUACAACAGUCUGUGAACUCCAUCAACCAGACAAAGACAACAAUGGAACACAAGGUAGAUUUCUUGAUGAAACGCUACACAUCUGUGUGCCCAGACGUUCGCUCGCGAGUCAACGCCGCCACCAGCGAAUUGUUUGACGUGACUAGUUACGUGUACGAGUUCGCAAGCCUCCAUGUCAUUGACAACACAGGAAAAGCGAUCGCUACAGGACCGGGACCAGGACUUCCAGCACCAUUUAGAGCCGCUGCCACAUACUUCCGAAUAGAGCUCCGAUUGGUCCCACGGCUGUGUUCCCUAUGA